AUGGAUUUCAAAGCCGCCAAAGAUCUCUCCAGUUCCAAUUUCUCCUCUUCUCCAUUGCCAUCCCUCUUCGAUACAGGUUUAGCAAACGACCCACCAAGUCCCAAGAAUGGAAACAAAGCUUCUUCUUCUUCAAGUGGGUCUGUGGCGCUGAAGGCAGUCAUUGUGUUGCUGGGUGUGGCGGCUGUCUUGGGCUUCUGUGUGUUCUUGUUCAAGAUAUGGCAGAAGAAGAAGAGAGAAGAGCAACACGCCCGUCUUCUUAAGCUGUUUGAAGAUGAUGAUGAGCUCGAGGUUGAACUUGGCAUUAGGGAUUGA